UAUACUUGGAAUAGUCAGCAUCGUUCUACAUCUCGAAUACUACAAGCUAAUACAAGACCAGGACGAGUAUCGCUAACAGAGCCUAUGAAUCAAAGAUGACGUGUCUUGUGAAGACUAGAAUACUUUCAAAAGAAUAAAGAUACAUUUGUUAAUUGGAACGUGGAUAAAAUACAGGAGUUAAAUGUUUAGUUAUAUGUUUAAAUAUUGGAAAGGAAGUUAGCCAUCUUUAAGCGGGAGUAUGUCAUAUCCGUUUCGUUCAUGCAAUAGUAACGGAGAGGGGUUAAGACAAAAUAGGUUUCUUGAUGGCACAUAAGAAACUGUGAACAUCGCUAAAUUGUAAGAAACAGCAAUCGACGAUUAAAACAAAAUCGAUUACAUUUAACGUUAAUGGCAGAAGAACAUGUUUACGGAUAUAAUCCGACGCCAGGAGUUGACGGAGAGUCUAGAAAUGAAACCACCAGUAAGUUGAGACUAAAAGUGAUCGCUGCGCACCAAUUAGCGAAAAAAGACAUUUUUGGUGCAAGCGAUCCAUAUGUACGCGUUGAUUUAAAUACUAUAAAUGGUGAUCAAACAGUGGAUUCUGCUCUUACAAAAACAAAAAAGAAGACUUUGAAUCCCACAUGGGAAGAAGAGUUUAUAUUUAGAGUUAAACCUGUUGAUCACAAAUUAGUGUUACAAGUUUUUGACGAGAAUAGAUUGACAAGGGAUGAUUUUCUUGGAAUGGUAGAAUUAACAUUAAUUAAUUUGCCUAAAGAACAAGAAGGUCGUACAAUUCCUACUAGACGUUAUUUACUUCGACCCCGUAGUAAUCAUUCCAGUCAGCGUUCGAGAGUGAAGGGUACAUUGGAGGUAUACCAUGCAUAUAUUUCUGACACGUCAAGCGUAGACAAUGAUAAUGGAGAUGCUGCAUCUGACUCAGGAGGGUGGGAAAUGGUACAACAACCAAAUAAUAGUCCUGUGGAACAGGUUGCAGAUGUUGUCCUUAACAGACCUUUACCACCAGGAUGGGAAGAAAGACAGGAUGCGAAUGGACGAACAUAUUAUGUUAAUCAUAUAGCAAGAUUUACACAGUGGGAAUGCCCAACAGAAUCUACUACUUCACCUAGUGGAAAUAUGACAAUUGAAAGAAAUUUCAGUACAGCAGCAACUGAAUUUCAGCGACGUUUUCAUAUUAGCGCGGAUGAAGAAAAUAGACACAGAAGUUCCAUUAAUCAGGAUGGUGAAGUUCUUCGCGAGGAAGGUGAAGAUUCGGAAACGAGAGAUUAUGAGAUUGAGAAUCAUAGGGGAGGGGGUAUGGGGGAUACUUCUUCAGACUCUGGACAUUCUCUUGAUCAACGUGGCUACCUUAGUGAAUGUGAAGACCAGAGUGACGACAAUGUGGAUAGUCCAGCUGGAUCUAGGCGAUCGUCCGAACAAAUUGAAAGUCCAAAGCCGACGCUUCCCGUAUCAAGCGACGAAGGGUUACCUCCUGGUUGGGGUAUGCAAAUAGCUCCGAAUGGUAGAGUAUUUUUUAUUGAUCAUAACGAGAGGACAACAACAUGGAUCGAUCCUCGAACAGGGCGUCCAAGCUCGAUACCUAACCACAUUGCCCCUUCUACUACAUCAAGAAGCGAUUUAGAUCAACUUGGACCUCUUCCCGAAGGUUGGGAAGAAAGAGUUCAUACCGAUGGACGAAUAUUUUUCAUCGAUCACAAUACAAGAACAACACAAUGGGAAGAUCCACGUAUGUCAAAUCCUCAAAUUGCAGGACCGGCUGUACCAUAUUCAAGGGAUUAUAAACGUAAAUACGAAUAUCUUAAAUCCCAGUUAAGAAAGCCUAACAAUGUUCCUAAUAAAUUUGAAAUCAAAGUUAGCCGAAAUAACAUUUUAGAAGAUUCGUACCGUAUAAUUAGUUCAGUCAAUCGAGUCGAAAUACUAAAAACAAAAUUAUGGGUUGAGUUCGAAGGGGAAGUUGGUUUAGAUUAUGGAGGGCUAGCUCGAGAAUGGUUUUUCCUCUUGUCGAAAGAAAUGUUCAAUCCUUAUUAUGGAUUGUUCGAAUAUUCCGCUACGGAUAAUUAUACUCUACAAAUUAAUCCUUUCUCGGGAGUAUGCAACGAAGAACAUUUGAAUUAUUUUAAAUUCAUAGGGCGGAUUGCUGGAAUGGCCGUUUAUCACGGGAAAUUGUUAGACGCGUUUUUCAUUCGUCCAUUUUACAAAAUGAUGCUGGGUAAAUCUAUUGAUUUAAAAGACAUGGAAAGCGUUGAUUCGGAAUACUACAAUUCGUUACUGUGGAUUAAGGAAAAUGAUCCUAGCGAAUUGGAACUCACGUUUUGCGUCGACGAAGAAAGUUUUGGACAUACCUCUCAAAGAGAACUCAAGCCAGACGGUGCUAAUAUUCCACUGACAGAUGAAAAUAAGGACGAAUACAUUGGUUUGGUGAUACAAUGGCGGUUCGUGUCGAGAGUUCAAGAACAGAUGAAUGCAUUUUUAGAAGGUUUUAAUGCUCUUAUACCGCCAACGUUGGUAAAAAUAUUUGACGAACACGAAUUGGAAUUAUUGAUGUGUGGUAUUCAACACAUUGACGUGAAAGACUGGAAACAGAAUACGUUGUACAAAGGAGAUUAUCACGCAAAUCAUAUUGUUGUCCAAUGGUUUUGGCGAGUAGUACUUUCAUUUAGUAACGAAAUGCGAUCUAGACUUUUACAGUUUGUUACUGGUACGUCUCGAGUGCCGAUGAACGGUUUCAAGGAACUUUAUGGUAGCAAUGGACCACAGUUGUUUACAAUUGAAAAAUGGGGCACACCGGACAAUUAUCCAAGAGCUCAUACUUGUUUUAAUCGUAUUGACCUUCCUCCUUACGAAAGUUAUCAACAACUCAGGGAGAAAUUGAUUAAAGCAAUUGAAGGUUCUCAAGGUUUUGCUGGAGUGGAUUAGCACGAAAUACCCCUUUUCAUGAUGAUAUCUGUAAUAUAAUGUGUACAUAUAUACAUACAUAUACAUACGCAAUCGUGUAUAUUAUCUAAUAUGAUGAACUACUUAACAGGAUAAACAUCUUUCUGCACUCCGAAGGCUUAGAUGUCUUUUAACUGCUAGUUACAAUAUUGAGACAAAUCAGAAAAAAGUAUGUUUAAAUAUUACUUAGCCGCUAUCAAUAGUUCAAAACAAUUUUAUGCACUUUUAAAAUCAUAAGCUAUAUUUAGAAAAGAAAAAAUUUGGAAGUAAUCUCAAAUACUGCUUCAGACACUUAUCAACUACAAUUUAUUAACUCACUUCACUUUUUAAACGUAAUUUCGUAUUUUGACUGUUAUACUUUUAAAACAGUUUUUUGGAAAAAAUUUUGUUCGUCACUAUAGGAAAAAAUAUUAAUCUGAUAUUAAUUGUAAAUAACUUUAAGAUAAGGUUAUAAUCGAUCAAUUACUUGUCUUACUUGGUUGAUAAAAAUGCCUUGUUACAGAAGGAAUUUAUGGAUACGAACUUACAAAUUAAAAAAUAAUAAAUUGCAAUUGAACUCGUUAUAUUUUGAUUACGUUCGCAUUGGUAUGAUGGAAACAAAAUUUGUAAUGUUGUUAUGUAUACAAUGACGCUAUGUAAUUUAUGACAAAUUGUAUGAUUAAAUUCGGAGUUAAUUUUAAUUUUAACGUUGAAACCAGCUUUUCCAAAACGAAUGUCUUCAAGGUAGUGAUUUUGUUUGUUUAUAUUUUUUACAAAAAAGAAAAGACAGAUGUUCCAUGGAAAUAUUUGAGUUUAAUUUUCUGUAAGGAUAUGAAAGCGUGAUAUUCAAAAAAAAAAUUUGUUUAAACCUUUCCUCAUGGAUUUUCUAUUGUCACAACGAAAACUGGAAAAUCUAUUACGUUUUGUAAAAACGUGUAAUCAUAAAAAUAUAUAAAUAAGAGAAAAAGAUCGAAAAAAGAUUAUGUUGUUAGAAGAUGUAAUAAGAAAAAUCGUAGAUAUUCUAAAAUACGUAACUUUUUUAUUGUAAAAAACGUUAUUUAAUUAAAUAAUUCACGCGAACUGAACUGAUAACAGACGUUGAACUGAUGUUACUUGGUUUAUUUGCGUGACAUGUAAAAAAUGUUGCCUAUAUAACAACUAUUGUUCUUGUAUUAUGUUCUCCUGAGAAUCGAUAAUGAAAAGCUAUAUUGUGCUUAGCUCAUUGUAUAUAGCAUUAGAAGGAAAAGAAGGAAAAGAAAGACGAAUUUGCUUAUGUAUUGUACAUUAUGACAAUAUACGAAAGAAUGAA